GUAGAAGUUGAAGUAGAACAGCCUUGGAACUUGAAGUUGAACUUGAAGUUGCAGCCAUCUCAGGCAUCUGUCUCUUUCUCUUCCUCGAGUGAAGUGCUGCUCAAGGUCAAGUGCGCUCGCAAUUUGAGACGGACGUCGAAAGGUGGUCAAGAGUUGUUGUCUUCCCAGCCUUCCAUCGGCUGUCGCCAUGGCAGUCGCUUUUGCGGGGAGCAGCGGGGCGCUGCAGGGCACGCCAGCGUUCAAGUGUCAAUUAGGGCAGGCACAGUUGAGGAACGCGCUUCAGCCCCCACCCUCCGUUCUGGGCCAAGCAGCCAUCCCCCUCAGAAGCCCCCUCCGCCUAAACAGAACCUUCCGUGUGCGGUCAGCAGAGAGCUCCGAUUCUAGCAAAGAUGGGGGUCAGGGGUCUGGCAGCACUCCCCUGCGCGCCGCACCCCCCCGGCCCGGCGCCGCUCCUCCAAAACUAGGGGCGGCUCCGCCAAAGCCCGGGGCGGCUAAACCAAAGAUGGGCCCUAAGCCCGAAGCGGGGCCUCUUCCCAGGCCCGCCGCCCCCGCAAAACCGUCUACUCCGUCACCGGAUAUGCCAAAGCCAGCCCAGGGGCCGCAGCCAGCGAGCUCUUCUGGCGUGGUGACAAGUGUCAAGAGUCCGUUUGGUGAGAGCAGUGUAGAUAGCCCGUUUGGGGGGAGCAAGACGAAGAGCAUAUUUGGGGAGGGGGACGCAAAGUCGGCCAGUCCGUUUGGCGAGAGUGGUGCGAAGAACCCGUUUGGGGAGCGCGGUGCAGCGAAGCCGGCGGGAAAGAGGGUGAAGAUCGGGACGGGGUCGGGGACAAUGAGUCCCUACGGGAAGAGCACGACAAGUGCUCGGUAUAAGCCCAAGGCUGAGGCAUAUCCUGGAAGAAUGCCGCCAGACUUUGGGGACUCAGGGCCUGUGAAAACGACGACCAAGCCUGCGACGUUCCGACCGGAUAGCUCCCUUUUUGCAGAGAAGAGUAGAAUAGAGUUGAAGCAAGAGGCGCAAGCUGCGGAGAAGAAGUGGGAGAUCACGCCGGGGCAGAUCCUGCUUGGUUUGAGCUUCGUUUUUAGCAUCGUUUUGAUGCUUGGAACAUUCUAUCUUGUAUACAAGGUAGGUGGGGUUCACUUCAAUGAGUGAUUUGUAUAGGAGUCUUAUCCAUUUUGUAAAUGUUAUAAGCAAUUGUUUGGUCAAUAUAUUCUUUUCACCAUUGUUUGCCUGCUUACGAGACACGUCUAUGGUGCUCGGAUGUACCACCCACCAAAUUGAGAGAUAUGCUAGAUGGGAGCUAGUACCAUAACGUGGAUAGGCC